CGGAAGUGCACCACUGUCCCGCCCACCCGCUCGCCAAGAUGGCUGCGUCUACAGCUGGGUCAGCUGCUCGGCGGCUUUUCCUGCCUUGGUCUGCUCGCCUUCUGCGAGCGGCCGGCUCGGGGCACCGGUGUGUGCAUGUUGGAACAGGCAGGCUCAGAGCUUCCAAGGCAGCGACAGAAGUAAUCUUAAAUGUUCCUGAAACCAGAGUGAGUCCUCUGGAAAAUGGCAUGCAAGUAGCUUCUGAAGACUCUGGACUCUCAACAUGCACAGUUGGACUUUGGAUUGAUGCUGGAAGCAGGUAUGAAAACGAGAAGAACAAUGGAACUGCUCACUUCCUUGAGCAUAUGGCUUUCAAGGGAACAAAAAAGAGGUCUCAGUUAGACCUUGAACUAGAGAUUGAGAACAUGGGAGCUCAUCUGAAUGCAUAUACAUCCAGGGAACAAACUGUCUAUUAUGCAAAGGCUUUCUCAAAAGACUUACCAAGAGCUGUGGAAAUCCUUGCUGACAUAAUUCAGAACAGUACCCUGGGAGAAGCAGAGAUUGAGCGUGAGCGAGGAGUUAUACUUCGAGAGAUGCAAGAGGUUGAAACCAAUUUGCAAGAAGUUGUCUUUGAUUACCUGCAUGCUACAGCCUAUCAGAAGACAGCCCUAGGACGGACAAUUUUAGGACCCACUGAAAACAUCAAGUCCAUAAACCGUAAUGACUUGGUGGAGUACAUAACAACGCAUUACAAAGGACCCAGAAUGGUUCUGGCUGCUGCUGGAGGGGUCUCUCAUGAUGAGCUACUUGAUUUAGCAAAGUGCCAUUUUGGUAACUUGCCAUCUGCUCCAGAAGGAGGACUGCCACCCCUGCCACCUUGUCACUUCACAGGUAGUGAGAUCCGUAUACGAGAUGAUAAGAUGCCCUUGGCGCACAUGGCGAUAGCUGUUGAAGCAGCUGGCUGGUCCCACCCAGAUACAAUCCCCCUAAUGGUAGCAAAUACUCUGAUAGGUAACUGGGAUCGUUCCUUUGGAGGAGGCGUGCAGAAUUUAUCCAGUAAACUUGCUCAGAUUGCCUGCCAUGGUAAUCUGUGUCACAGUUUCCAGUCCUUCAACACCUGCUACACUGACACUGGGCUGUGGGGACUGUAUAUGGUCUGUGAGCCAUCCACUGUACAGGACAUGGUGCACUUUGUUCAGAGAGAAUGGAUGAGACUUUGCACAAAUGUUACAGAAAAUGAAGUUGCUCGAGCGAAAAAUCUUCUGAAGACAAAUAUGCUGCUACAGCUUGAUGGGUCCACACCAAUCUGUGAAGACAUUGGAAGACAAAUGCUGUGUUAUAAGCGCCGAAUCCCAAUUCCAGAACUUGAGGCAAGAAUUGAAGCUAUUGAUGCCCAGACUAUUAGAGAAGUCUGCACAAAGUACAUCUAUGAAAAGCAUCCUGCAGUUGCUGCCAUGGGUCCAAUUGAGCAACUUCCAGAGUAUAACAAAAUCUGCAGUGGCAUGCACUGGCUUCAGGAGUAGUGGAAAACAAGAACUUUCAGUGUGUUUGAGCUUAA